AUGGAUAUAACCCACGACCAAAUUCAUCCCAACCCUAGGGACAAGGCCAAUCCACUUAGUAUAUUAUUUUUUUCAUACACAAUAGGAAUAUUCAAAAAAGGCUACAGAAAAGAUUUGGAAGCUGAAGAUCUUUACAAUCCUUUGAAAAGUGAUAAAAGUACAAUCCUAGGAGACAGAUUAGAAAAAAAAUGGGACGCCCACCUAAAACACAGAGAAAAGCUAGGAAAAAAACCGAGCCUGGGUAGAGUGCUAGUCUCCACUUUCUGGCCUGAAUACGUAUACCUAGGCGUGCUCUUAUGCGUGAUGGAUCUUGGAGUGAGAUUAAUCCAACCCAUCUAUCUUGGAUACCUUUUGGAUUACUUCAGACCCAACAGUGUGGUAACAGAAACUGAGGCGUUGUGGUAUGCGGGUGCUGUCGUGGGAAUGAACGCAGUCAGUGCCAUUUUUGUGAACCAAUACAUCAUGAACGCUUUCCAUUACGGUAUGAAGGUCAGGGCGGCGUGUUGCGCCCUGAUAUACAGAAAAGCUUUGAGACUUAGUAAGACUGCCUUAGGAGAGACUGCAUCAGGAAAAAUCGUAAAUUUAUUGUCGAACGAUGUCAGUAGAUUUGAUAUAGUAUCAGUAUUCAUCCAUCACAUGUGGGUUGCACCAUGCUCCACUUUAUUCGUAAUGUACUUCCUUUGGGUUAAAGCUGGAUAUGCCGGUAUAAUUGGGAUCAUUCCUGUGUUCUUGGUGGUCCCUUUCCAAAGUUACACUGGCAAACUGUCUGCAAAAUACAGGAAACAAACUGCCAUGAAAACCGACGAAAGAGUGAGACUGAUGGACGAAAUAAUCACCGGAGUGCAAGUAAUCAAAAUGUACGCCUGGGAAAAACCGUUCGCCAAAUUGAUCAAGUUUGCGAGAAAAGCGGAAAUCAAAAUAAUCACCAAGUCUUCCUACGUCAGAGGUAUUUUCAUGACCUUCAACCUAUUCACGACCAGGGUGGCUCUGUUUUGUACUCUGGUCACCAUGGCUUUGACUGAUCAACCAAUCACAGCGGCUAAGAUUUUCGUGUUCAUGUCUUAUUACAACAUCCUCGCUCAAACAAUGUCUUCCAUGUUCGUGAGAGGUAUAUCGGAAGUGGCGGAAUUAUUCGUCGCCAUAAAUAGAUUGCAAGACUUCAUGAGCAACGAAGAAUUCCUCGCUCUAAAAUCCUCCUCCAAUAACAACGACUUCGACUCCAAAACGGCAAUCAACAUGAAGAACGCCACUGUAAAAUGGAAUGUCGACUCUACCGAUCUAGCUUUGGACCAGGUGAAUUUGAACCUGCCCAAAGGGGAACUCGUUGGAAUUAUUGGGUUAGUGGGUGCUGGAAAAAGCUCCCUGUUGCAAACGAUCCUAGGGGAAAUAGAAGUGGUGGAUGGCUCACUAGAUAUCAACGGCACAAUCUCAUACGCGUCCCAGGAACCGUGGAUUUUCGCAGCCACAGUUCGUCAAAACAUAACAUUUGGCGCGCCGUACGAUAAGAUAAAAUACAACGAGGUUAUCCACGUGUGUGCUUUGGAAAAAGACUUCAAGCAAUUUCCGGAAGGUGAUUUGACCAUCGUAGGUGACAGAGGCGCCUCUCUAUCAGGUGGUCAGAAAGCCAGGAUAAAUUUGGCACGUGCUGUCUACAGGGAAGCCGAUAUUUAUUUGCUCGACGACCCUCUAUCAGCUGUUGACGUCCAUGUAGCUACACAUUUAUUCGACAAGUGUAUUAAUGGGUACCUGAAGGAUAAAACAAGAAUUUUGGUCACUCAUCAGGUUUAUCUCUUGAAGAAUGUCGACAAGAUCAUAAUCUUGAACAACGGAAGGGUCGAUAUGGAAGGCUCUUUUGAUGAUCUCUCAAAGAGUGACAAUCUUUACGGCCAACUCUGCAAAAUGGAACCCGAACAAACGCAAGUAGUCGACGAAAAAGCGGAAAACAUGAAAAUGCCCAGAAAAAUGUCAACAAGAAGUGCCAACAUCUCUCUUAGCAGCGCUAUAAGCGAGCUGAGCAUCACAGAUAGCAUUCUAGCGGAAGAAAACGUCGAAUCAGAUGAAGAACACGAAAUCAAAUACAAGGAUCUACAAGAAGAAUCCUCCAAGGGAAAAGUAGAGGGCUCCCUCUUCAUGCGUUACAUGAGGGCAGGAAGCAACCUAUGCUUGAUCACAUUUGUUUUCAUACUAUUCCUGAUGGCCCAAGUCUUUGCCAGCGGUGUUGAUUACUUCGUUAGUUUCUGGGUCAACAUGGAAGAAGCCAAAAACAAAACCAGUUACAACAGUACCAUGGACGAUGACGUGACUUCAGAACCGUUGAUAUUGUGGACCAAAAACAUCUGCAUUUACUUCUACACAGGCCUGAUCGUGGGGCUGUUUGUUAUCGCUUUAACUCGAUCUCUAAUAUUCUACAAACUAGCGAUGAAGUCGUCCCAAAAGCUGCACGACCAAAUGUUCACGAGCAUCAUAGGAGCCAAAAUGCGUUUCUUCGACACCAACCCAAGUGGUAGGAUUUUGAACCGGUUCUCCAAAGAUAUAGGAGGUAUCGAUGAGUUGUUACCGAAGACAAUUUUGGAUGCUGGACAAAUCAUGCUCACAAUGGGCGGUUCUUUAGUCCUUGUCACAGUCGUCAACGCCUACUUUUUGAUUCUUGUUUUGUUUGUUGGAAUAUUGUUUAUGUUCCUAAGACAUAUAUUUUUAAAAUCGUCCAAGAGCAUCAAACGUCUUGAAGGAAUAAUGAAAGGUCCAGUUUUCACCCAUCUUAACGCUACCCUUCAGGGUCUAACCACCAUCAGGGCCUACAGGGCUGAAGCAAUACUAAAGCAAGAAUUCGAUAAGCAUCAAGAUCUGCAUUCUAGCGCUUGGUUCAUGUAUAUCGCCCUUAGUUCUGCCUUUGGAUUCUACUCAGAUAUUUUGUGUUUCUUCUUCGUGGCCUUUAUCACCUUUAGCUUGCUUCUGUUUGGAGAUGCUCUUGGGCUGAAGGGCGGUGAUGUGGGUCUAGCUAUAACCCAGGCUACAGCCCUCACAGGUCUUCUGCAAUGGGGCAUGAGGCAGUCAGCCGAAGUUAUCAACCAGUUGAUGUCGGUUGAGAGGGUGUUGGAAUACGAAGAGUUACCCAAAGAAGUGGAAUCGGAAUCACCAAGAAAACCGCCCGGCGAUUGGCCCAACGAUGGUCACAUAUACUUCGAGGAUAUGGGUUUGAAAUACAUCGAUGAUGGGGCUUUGGUUUUGCGGGAUUUGAAUAUAGAGAUUAAACCGAGGGAAAAGGUUGGUAUUGUUGGAAGAACUGGAGCUGGCAAAUCGUCGUUGAUAUCUGCCCUGUUCAGACUAGCGACUGUAGAGGGAAAAAUCGUCAUUGAUGACGUUGAUACGAAAGAAUUGUCACUGUUCGAUUUGAGAUCCAAGAUUUCCAUUAUCCCCCAAGACCCAGUACUGUUCUCCGGAACCCUAAGGUACAAUCUGGAUCCUUUUGAGGAAUACCCGGACGAAGUUCUAUACAGGGCGAUCAACGAAGUCGAGCUGAAAGAUCCAGCGAACAUCAAUAAUCGUCUGGAAAACCGCGUCAUGGACAGGGGUAGCAACUACAGCGUGGGGCAAAGACAGUUGAUCUGUCUUGCCAGAGCCAUCAUCAGGAACAACAAAAUUCUCAUGCUGGACGAAGCUACUGCCAAUGUGGACCCACAGACCGACGGGUUGAUCCAAAAAACCAUCCGCCAGAAGUUCGCGGACUGUACCGUUUUGACGGUGGCGCACAGGUUGAACACCAUCAUGGAUUCUGACAAGGUUUUGGUCAUGGAGGGAGGUCAUAUGGUGGAAUACGACCAUCCGCAUGCUUUGAUGCAGAAUGCGAACGGCGUUUUUAGCAGGAUGGUCGCAGAAACGGGUAAGACGACGUGCGAGCAACUGAAGAAAGUUGCGUAUAAAAGUUACCAGAGGCAAAUAUCCGUCCCGGAAGUUGAAAGAGAUUAGUAAGUGUUCUUAGUGCAAACAAGACUUAUUUUUUUUACCUACUUAGAACUG